AUGGUCAACGUCUUUUCCCGCCUCGUCCGGCGCGCAACCAGCUCCGGCAGCGCCGCCGCAGAUACCGGUGCAAAAGCACCACAUGCUCAAACUGAACAUGGACCCCCGUUAAGUCGAACACUAAGCGCCAGCUCGGCGAAACGACUCCGCCAUGCACCUGCAGAUGAAGCAGUGCCGAGAUAUCUUCUCUUGAUAUCAGAUUCGGCGGAUUUCGACCCACAUAUCUUGCACCGGUUCCAAGCGGAGGGGUUUGAUGUCAAAUCUAUUGGGUUUGUGGGUAGUGGAGAUUCAGAGCGAGAUCGAAGGGCGCUUGAGAAUGCCGUUCAUGAAAAGGAGGAUGAAUUGGAGGAAGGGGAGAGGUAUGCUAUUGUUGCAUACAGCCGCCCUGCAUACUACCUCCUCGGUUCUCACCACCUGACAUCAAGCAAUACAAAUCCAUUCCCGCGGCUCUGUGCCCUGAUCGCAUAUUACCCACUCACAUCCACCGACCAAUGGUCACGGGACUAUCAUGCUGGCGAAGCUGCUGGCCCGGCAUGUUGUACCGCGGACUCAAUCUUCGAGCCCGGUCCGAAUACUAAUUACCUGCCCAUUCAAAUCCAUCUACCGGGUCACGAGGUGAAGCCUACGUUUUGGCCUUGGAUCGGAAUUAGUGCGAGUGAGGGCGAUACGACGUAUAAAAAGAGGCAUAGGUGCUAUGUGUAUGCAUAUCCGGGGGCUAAGGCGGGGUUUGCGGAACGGGAUGUUGAGGGGAGGGUUGAUGAUGGGGUUAAUGCGCAGUUGGCUUGGAGUCGGGUUAUCGGGUGUUUGAGGAGGGCGUUUGGGAUUGGGAGUAAUUGGGCGGUUGUGGAUAUUGAGACUGUUUGGGAGGAGUAUUGGGCCAGGAUUAUGGUUGGUCUUGAUGAUGGGAAGGAGAGCAAGGGUCAGGGUGAGGGGCCGUUGGAGUUGAUGGUUAUGAAGGGGCAGGCUCAUGAGGGGAAUAUGCGGGGAAGGAUGGAUAUGCAUGAGGGGGAGGGGCCUGCUCUUGUGUGUGUGCCUUCGAAGGCUGGUGGGUCUAAUCCGAAGACUUUGGAGUCAUUCUUUGCGGGGACUUUUAUUCCGAAUGGACCCGCGAGCCAACGUAUUCGACUUUUGUCGAGGACCGUAGGCGCGGAUCAGAUUGUUGAUGAGAUAUCGUUCUCUUUCAGACAUACCGCGGAGAUUCCUUGGCUUUUACCUAGCGUGGCACCUACAAACCGUGACAUUCAGACUGUUAUUGUUGUGGUGGCUUGUUUCUGUGCAGACAAGAUUGUCAAGCAAGUUUUGUACUGGGAUCAGGCUGAUGUGCUUGUACAAGCUGGAUUGCUGGAUCCAAAACUUGUGCCGAAGACCAAUGCAGUUCGGUAG